CUCUCACUUGGUCUUUCCAUUUGUCAGUCAAAAAGCAGUAAAAACCGCACUUUUUUCCAUCAUCACUCUACUUCUUCAGCAAGUUUUCAAAUUUUUAGGGCUUUGAUUUUACCGUCAAUGGCUUUAUUACCGUCAGAUAUACCGUCGUCGUCGUCGUCGUCGUCGAAGUUACCUGAGUUUCCAGUUUUACCUGUUGCGUCAUUGAAGACUAAAAUUAUUGAAAAAAUUCAGGAGAAUCGUGUUACUUUAAUUGUUGGUGAAACUGGUUGCGGAAAAAGCUCGCAAGUUCCUCAAUUUCUACUGGAAGGAAACAUGGAGCCCAUACUUUGUACACAACCAAGGAGAUUUGCUGUGGUUGCAGUUGCUAGAAUGGUGGCGAAGGCUCGGAAUUGUGAAGUAGGUGGAGAAGUUGGUUACCAUAUAGGGCACUCUAGGGUCUACUCAGAGAGAUCUAAGAUUGUGUUCAAAACUGCUGGAGUUCUGCUGGAAGAAAUGCUAGAGAAGGGGUUGAAUGCACUAAAGUACAAAGUUAUCAUUCUCGACGAAGUGCAUGAAAGAUCUGUUGAAUCAGAUCUUGUUCUUGUUUGCGUCAAGCAGUAUUUACUUAAAAAGAGUGACCUGAGGGUGGUCUUAAUGUCUGCUACUGCUGAUAUUCAAAGAUACCGUGAAUACUUUAGGGAUCUCGGUAGGGGUGAAAGAGUAGAGCUGUUGGCAAUCCCUAGUUCUGGACAAGACACCAUAUAUCAGCGAAACGUUUCAUACGUUGAGCAGGUAGCUGAACUCCUUGAAACGGAUUCAGAAGAGACGGCUCUGAAAUGCUGUUCUAGUCCAAGUCCACAGACAGCUGCUGCUGAUAUUGAACCUGAAAUGUAUCAGCUCAUACUCAAUCUAAUUAUAUACAUUCAUAAAAAUGAAGUGGACAUCGAAAAAGGAAUUCUGGUCUUCCUUCCAACAUACUAUGCACUUGAGCAGCAGUGGCGCUUAUUGAAGCGUUUCAGUGAAACUUUUAAGGUUCACAUUCUACAUAGUAGUAUCAACACCGAACAAGCUCUCAAGGCCAUGACAAUCUGUAUGUCGCAUCGUAAGGUGAUUUUGGCCACAAAUAUUGCAGAAUCUUCUGUUACAAUACCGAAGGUGGGCUAUGUCAUUGAUUCUUGCCGUUCUUUGCAUGUUUUCUGGGAUAAUAGCAGGAAAACGGAUAAUACAGAGCUUGUAUGGGUUUCCAAAUCACAGGCAGACCAAAGGAGAGGGAGAACUGGACGGACUUGUGACGGCCAUGUAUAUCGAUUGGUAAAAAGAUCAUUUUAUGGUCAAUUAGAGGAUUAUGAGCCUCCUGCAAUAUUGAGGUUAUCGUUGAGGCAGCAAAUACUUCUCCUUUGCUGUGCUGAAUCUAAAGCCAUCAAUGAUCCCAAAGUUCUGCUACGGAAGGCUUUAGACCCUCCAUAUCCUGAAGUCGUUGACGAUGCAUUGAGUUUGCUUGUUGACAACCAUGCACUACAAAAAGCACCUCCAAGGGGCCGUUACGAACCUACUUUUUAUGGACGAUUGCUUGCCAGCUUUUCUCUUUCAUUCGAUGCUUCUAUACUAAUAGUCAAGUUUGGAGCCAUUGGAAUGUUACGAGAAGGCAUUGUUCUUGGUAUAAUGAUGGAUAUGCAGCCACAGCCCAUUCUUCGUCCUUUCGGCCAAGAAAGUUUGUUCAUGAAGUACAUUGACGACUUUUUCAGUGGAGAUUCUAGGACCACUGGUUUAUCGGGUAAAAAAGAGGUAAUCUGUAUGGCAAAUUCGUGCGCAUUUCAGUUCUGGCAACGUUCUUUCAAGGACAAACACCGCCUUGAACAUUUAAGACAACUCUUCAAGUUGGAUAGUACAAAAGACAGAGAAAUAGUGCUUCCAAAAAUUGAAGAAGAGUGGUGCUUAUUCCAUAAUCUUUUGCAAUCAGCACUCAACCAAGUUGCUGAAUCAUAUGAUGAAGUUCUGGAUUCUUUUCAUCGAUAUCGACCCCAGUUUCUCGCUACAUCAGGUGGCAUACCAUCUUAUUAUAAUCCAAAUGAAUAUCUGCACAAGUGCCAUAUCGACGGUGAGCAGUAUUUAGAUAUGGAUCAUGGGCUCCUUGAACAAGGCAGUGAAAUAAGGAAAUGCAUUUCUGUUCCAUUUUUGGGCCACAAUGAAUCUUUAGCAGAUAAGGUGGCUCAAAAUUUGGCUAGUGUAGUCAAAGAGAUGAGAAGUCAAUCUUCUACGGAUGUCGCUGAAAAUUAUGGCAUGUUGGUCAACGGCAAUAGUGGUUUCACAGGGGAGGCUUCUCUGUGUAGUUUUUUUGUCAGGGGCCUGUGCAACAGGGGUCCCCACUGUUCCUUUUCUCAUUCCUUACAAGCAGAGAAGCCCACUUGCAAAUUUUUCUUCUCCUUAAAGGGAUGCCGGAAUGGAGAUUCAUGUUUCUAUUCUCACGAUUCAGUUCCAUCGGCUUAUUCUGGUGUUCUGCCAAGUUUAUGCCUGCCGGAGACUGAAGAUGCUAAUAUGCUGUCACUUCUGCGAUGGUUUCCUGCACCUCAUCAUGGGAGCAUCCUCAUACUGGAUGACAAUGAUUUAUAUUUUUCAUCACAUCUUGCACGUCAUUAUGUUCCGUCUUCUAUAAUCUCCACAACAUCCCUUCGAGAUGAAUCCACACUUGACCAGUUACCAACUGGUGUCAGAAUUCUCUGGGGCCACUCACAUCCAUACAACACAAUAAUAUCCAACACUGCUGGGAGUUCAGUUCCGUGGAGUGAAGUUAAAUGUAUCCUAUGGUUUCCUAAAUUUGAAGCGGAACAUAAAGAAGGGCAGAAGAGCGUGAUGCAAACCUUUUUUGAGUAUUUAGCCAUCCGAAUGCUUGCAGAUACCUUAUAUGAAGCGAAAGUAAUUAUCACCAUGAAUAAUAUACGUUUCUCAUACCUACAGAUGGAAAAGCUGGCGAGGGAGUGCUGCUUUUUCCUCGACGAGUCAUUCCUAUUUGAUGAACAGAACCUGGGAGAAUUAUUUGAUGAGGUCAAAGCCAGAAAACCAAUGCUGCAGUCAAAGCCUGUCUCGUAUGUUUUCUCGCUGCAUCCUCCCGUAGACGUCCAUUCUGGUGAUUUUGCAAGACUCCUUAACCAAAAUGUGAAUAAGGCUGUUUAGAUUCAAGAUCAGCUCCUCAAUGAUGUGCGCUGUGCAAUGUGGAGAGUUCAAUGUUAUGCAAAUUCGCGUAGAAGUAGAGGUUUUGCUUUGUGAAAUCAUUUCAGUGACAACUUUGUAAAGGGGGAUCUGUUUUAUACUCUUUAAUUAUAAAACUAUAAAGGUUUUGGCAUGUACAUAUUUACCUCAUGGGGGAGGAUAGAGUUCCUUUUUGAUCUCCAAAAAUGCUGAAACUGCAGAUACUUCUCGUCUUGAUCUGGUUUUAUUGUUUAAUCAUGCAUCUGCCCCUCCCAUUUUC